AUGAGCAACGAAUAUAUACAAAAGCUGAUACUUGUGGGUGACUCAAGAAUUAAUAAGUGUGAUUAUAUCUCUGAUGCGCUUGCUUCAAAUAAUGAUAAGGUUAUUGGAGAAAGCAGGAGAACAAAUAUUAUUUUGAAAUAAUGUAAUGUGAAUGUUGCACCUCUUUCAAGUUCUGAAAAUAUGUCAUAAAAUGUGUCUGUAGUGGCUGCAGAUAGAUAUACAAGCAUUUCUAAGCGCAUUUUAUUCCAAUAUUUCAACCGAGAUAAUAUUAUGAUUGUGCUAUUUGACUUAACUUCUGAGGAAAGUUUCUUAGAGGUCAAAAAUGAUCUGGAACAAAUCAAAAGAAGAGUCAAGAUUGAGGAUGCUUAAGUAGUGAUAGUUGGAAUGAAUUCUGACAAAAUUUAUGAAAGAAAAGUAAAAUAUGAAAGAGCUUAUUGCUUUGCCAAAGAAAAUGAUUGCUCCUACAUGGAGGUGGCUAAAUAUAGUCAAGAAAGUUUUAGGUAAUCUUUCAAAAUACCAGUGUCUAUUAAGUACUAAAUGAAAUUUCAACAGAUCGAUUAAUGA